AUGGCUGGCCGGGACCCGACCCGCGCUGCGACAGACACGCGCGCGCCAGAAAGGGGCGCCGCGGGAGACGGUCCCCCGUCCGCACGCAACGUCGCCGUCGCGCGGGUGGCGGCGGCGGACGCGGAGGAGGCCGCAGCGGCCCCGGGAAGCGAGUCGCGCUCGGGGCGGGGCCCCGGUCGGGCAGCCAGAACAGGCGACGACGGGGAAGGGCUCGGGAGAAGGCCGGCGGCGGCGAGGGCCGAGGCGCCGGAGAGGCGGCGGCGGAAGGGCCGCGGCCCGCCAAGAGACGCGCUCGGGGCGAAGGAGGGAAGACAGAACCUCCCGAGGCAAGUCGGCCGCCGGAGCACACACGGGGUCUCACCGCCAGGGGCCUCCAGCACCAGGGGCGGUCCCGCGGCGCCCGGAACGGCGACUGGCCCCGUCGCCCCGCGCGCAGCUCACGGGGGCUCGGCCCCGCCACAACCAGGGCUCUCCCGCACACGGCGCCAGCGUCCCGCGCCGGGCGCCUGGCGCGCGGGCCCCACCCGACCGGAGCCGAGAGCACUUCGCCCGGGGCCACCACCGGCCUCGGUGGCCGGAGGCGACACCCGCGCGGCGAGGCCCACUUCGGUCCCGGCCGGUGGGCAGCGCGGCCAGGCGUCUGCCCGGGCGGGGGAGCACCGGGGGCAGCGGGGAGCGCGGCGCGCGCCUCGACGGAGGGAGCGCGGGCUCGCGGGAAGGCUCCCGGGGACGGCCUCGGGCGCGGACGGGCCACCAGGAAAACACACGCGGGAUCCCACCGCCAACGACACGCGAGGGCGGUCCCACGACGCCUGGGACGCCGGCCGGCCUCAGCCACCCUUCGGCCUCCCGCGGGCCCGGCCCCACCGCCGGGGCCUACGUGAGGCGCCCCCGCCGCCGGGGGCCGCCCCGUCCACCCAGCCACCCGUCUGCCUGUCUGGUCUGCUCCGGGGCCCAAGUCCCGAGGGAACGCGCCCGAGAGCGGCGGCGGCCCCCACCCAUGCCCGCACGCCACCACCGGCUGCGGCUCGGGACGGGAGCGAGCGGAGAGCCAGCCGCUCGCGGCGGGGCGGAGCCCGGACAGGGCCGGGCCCUCUCCCCGCCCCAGCGCGCGACGGGAGAACCACGCGCACGCUCGCGCACACGCGCGGCCCCGCGCCCGACGACGGCCCGGCCGGGCGUGACCCUCCCCCGACUCGGAGGGGGGAGGCGCCGGCCGCGGUAGGCAAAGAGCAGCUCUGCCCACACACCACGGUGGUGGCGUCCGUGGCUACUACGCGCAAAGGAGGGGCGGCGGCUGGGGGGUCCGGUACCCCAAGGCACCCUCUCGGAUCGCUAGAGAAGGCUUUCUCACCGAGGGCGUGUCGCCCCCGCCCAUCGUCCGCCAUCGGGCCCACCAAGGCGCUUACAGACACCGUGGCCACACAACGCAGGAGGGGUCUGCGGGGCACCGCCAACGGCCGGGGGAACGCGCUCACGCGCCCGGAAAGGCGCGCGGCGCGGCGGCGACACGGCCCGCCCCACCGUGGGGAGGGCCGCCUUCGAGACACAGCCAAGAGGCACAGGCGGAGCAUCCGCCGCGUCACGGAGACCCCGACACCGCCCACGCCACAAGCAAGCGCGGGCGACGACCCCAGGACGAGAACGCCUGACACGCACUGGCACGGAGCCGGCGGGAUGGGAGACCGGAGGUGGCACCACGGUCGUGGGGACGCCUGGAACGCACAAGAGCCGGCGCGCAGGCCCCAGCGGGCGGCUCAAGCGGCGGGGGUGGAAACGGGCGUCCGGUUCUCGGCCAGAGCCCGGAGACCUCCCCGCACACGCAUCCAGGCACCCGGAAGCUCUCGGGCGACUGUCACCCGAGCAGAGCGUGUCAGCACUUAUCUGGCGGCACAAAACCACCCAUUCGGGGGCAAGAAUCGCCGCGCCCGGAGACGGGGCCCACCCACGGAUCACGAGGGGAACCCCUGGAUCACGGCCACGGCCACCAGACCCCAAGCACGACCCCAUCGCCACCAGGCCCGGAGCUCCCGGGGCCAUCUGGUCGACCCCAGAAGCGUGGCGGCAGGGGGAGCCGGGGACAGCCUCCCCGGGCCGCCCGCGCGGGCCGGGACCGGGCGGGACUUGGACAAAAAACUGCCACGGAGGAGGCGGCAUCCGAGGACCGGGCCCGGUCCCCACCGCCAGAGCCGGUCGACUCGGAAGACCAGUGGGGAAAAGGCCAGCCCGGCGGCCGAGCCCGUCGCGCCCUCCACGGGCCUCCCCCGCAAGGCCCCGGCCGGUCGCCCACCUCCGGAGCGGGGCGCGGAAAGGGGAUCGGCGACGCGGAAGGCCCGACCACCGGGCCGCCCUCGGGACGACGGCCGGGCACGGGACGAGCUCCCUCGCCCGUUCCCCCGCGGCGGCCCCCCACCCCCUCCCGGGGACGGAGGGGCACCGGCGGCUGCUGGUCGACCCGUCCGGGAGGCCCCACACCCCGGCCGGCACCGGGCGGCGCGGCGACAGCCACCUCCCUCAGUAGCCUGCACCUCCAAUCUCCGGCGAGCGGGCGUCGCGCUCACGCCCCGGCGCCACCGGGCCAGAUCCCGCCAGCGACGCCGGCCUCCCGGGACUCUGCCUCGGUCACCGCGGCCGAGUCCCGUCCCUUGGCCCGCGUCGCCGGAGCUCCGGAGGAAAGAGACGAUAUAA